ACUCAAGGAUUACAGCUUGAGGAAGAUUUAGUGACUGACACAUGUUGCUCUUCUUUCUCUCCGAGCCUUCUAUCAGUGCAAACAAAUAAAUAUAGAAGAACCUAUGUCUGCGACACUGGAUGACUGGACACAGGAUGACAAGGAAUGAACCUUAAGGAUGGGAAUAGUGUUCCCUGAUCCCAUGUGGGAAGACUUUAACUGGAAGAAGAGGAUAUGCUGCAUGAGAGAGAAAAAUCUAGUUGAAGAUCCCAGCAAAGUGAGGCGGGUUAAUGUGGUGUGAAUGGGACAGGAGAGUUAGACUCAAAUGUACAGCUCAGGGAUGAACAACACCCCAGCUAUGGCACCUUUGUCUCCAGGGCUGAGUGGCACCCCACCACACUCCUGUCUGUCACCCAAGAAGACCACCUUUCAGUCUUCAGGAUCUCUGUCAUCAGAAAGGUUUUCCCCCUUGCAUGCCAAGGGCUCCUCUCAUCCGGAAAAACAGGUCUCAAGUUCCUUUAAUUCGUCCACCCAGUCCAUUAUGACCUCUCCAAAACUCUGGCAGAAAGCAUCCAUCUCGAGACUCGCUGAGGAGUUUUUCUGGAUUGGUGGCAGUGUGGUCGCACAGCCGAUUUGGAGACUGGGUCAGAUAGUGGAAAGGUGUAUGUGCACCAUGCAGGCCGGCACUCAGAUGACAAAACUGAAGGGGAAGAAGAAAGGACUGGUCCGAUUCUUUUACCUGGACGAGCACAAGUCCUGCAUCCGGUGGCGGCCCUCCAGAAAACAUGACAAGGCCAAAAUAACUAUUGACUCUAUCCAUGAAGUCUGCGAGGGAAAAAAGUCAGAGAUCUUUAGGCGGUACGCAGACAACCGCUUUGACCCAAACUACUGCUUCAGUAUUUACUACGGGGAGCGAGUCAAGUCCCUGGACCUGGUCUCCACCAACGCAGAGGAGGCCCGCACCUGGAUCCAUGGGCUGAAAUACCUCAUGGCUGGCAUCAGUGACGAGGACAGUCUGGCCCGGAGGCAGCGCACCCGUGAUCAGUGGUUACAGCAGACUUUCUCUGAGGCCGACAAAAAUGGAGAUGGCACCUUGAGCAUUGGAGAGGUUCACCAGCUGCUUCACAAACUCAAUGUGAAUUUACCCAAGCAGAAAGUCAGGCAGAUGUUUCAAGAAGCAGACACAGAUGACAACCAGGGCUCUCUGGGCUUUGAAGAAUUUUGUUUGUUCUACAAGAUGAUUUCCACACGCAGAGACCUCUACUUGAUAAUGAUCACUUACAGCAAUCAGAAAGAAGUCCUGGAUCUUCACGACCUUGCACGCUUUCUUGAAAACGAACAGAAGAUGCGAGGUUUGGUCAAAGAGUAUCUAGUUGACAUAGUGGCUAAAUUUGAGCCAUGUCCUGAGAACCUGCAGCGUAUGGUACUGGGUAUUGAUGGUUUCACCAACUACUUAAGGAGCCCUGCAGGUGACAUCUUCAACCCCGAUCACAAUCAGGUGAACCAGGACAUGACGCAGCCUCUGAAUAACUACUUUAUUGCCACCUCACACAACACCUACCUGACAGGAGACCAGCUGCUCUCUCAGUCUCGAGUGGAAAUGUAUGCCUAUGUUCUCCAGGCCGGCUGUCGCUGUGUUGAGGUGGACUGCUGGGACGGGCCUGACGGGGAGCCCAUUAUCCAUCACGGCUACACCUUAACAUCCAAAAUUCUCUUUAAAGAUGUCAUUGAGACAAUAAAUAAAUAUGCCUUCACAAAAUCACCGUACCCAGUGAUUUUGUCAAUAGAGAACCACUGCACUGUGCCUCAGCAGAAAAAGAUGGCUGAGUAUCUGAGAGAGGUGCUACAGGACAAACUGGAUCUGUCCAGUGUCAACGUAAAUGAAUGCAAGAAGCUGCCUUCCCCUGAGAUCCUGAAAGGGAAAAUUUUAGUUAAGGGAAAAAAGCUUCCUGCAAACCUUGAUCCUGAUGCAGAGGAGGGUGAUGUGUCUGAUGAGGACACUUGUGAUGAGGAAGAGGAGGAAGAAGAUGAUGAUGAUGAUAUCACACAGGAAGGGAAUAUUUUUACCUCUACUAAUAAAACCAAAAAGAAGAGCCGAUUUGGCAGAUCGAUCAUGAGGAGCUUCAAACGAAAGAGGAAAAAGGGAAUCCGAGUGAAAAAUAAGACAAUGUCUGAUGGCGAGUCAGACCACAGCAAGGAGAGGACGCAAAUUGUUUACCAUCCCAAGAAGAGGAAAACAAUGAGGUUGUCCCGAGCUCUGUCUGACCUGGUCAAGUAUACAAAAUCUGUCCGUGUCCAUGACAUAGAAACACAAGCAUUUCUGAACAGUUGGCAGGUAUCAUCCCUUAAUGAGACUGUUAUGAACCAGAUCAUACAGCUAAAGCCAGGGGAGUUGGUCCGUUUCAACCAACGUCAACUUCUAAGAGUCUACCCGUCCAACUACAGAGUGGACUCGAGCAAUUUCAACCCACAACCCUACUGGAACACAGGAUGCCAUAUGGUUGCAAUGAAUUAUCAAACAGAGGGCCGUAUGCUAGAACUUAACCGAGCCAAGUUUUCAAGCAAUGGAAACUGUGGAUAUAUUCUGAGGCCUAAGUGCAUGUGUAAAGCUGCCUUUAACCCCAUGUUGGAAGAUCCUCUACCAGGACACAGAAAGACUCAGUUGGUGCUGAAGAUCAUCAGCGGACAGCAGCUUCCCAAACCUAAAGACUCCAUGUUUGGGGACAGAGGAGAGAUUAUCGAUCCCUUUGUUGAGGUUGAGAUAAUAGGCCUUAAUGUUGAUUAUUCCAAGCAGCAGACCAGGGUGGUGGAUGAUAAUGGUUUCAACCCAAUGUGGGAGGAGACUCUCGUCUUUAACAUUCUAAUGCCUCAGAUUGCCCUGGUGCGUUUCCAAGUGUGGGAUCAUGACCCUAUUGGACGAGAUUUCAUUGGACAGAGGACUGUUGCUUUCAGAAGUAUGAUGCCAGGUUAUCGGCAUGUGUACCUGGAGGGGAUGGCGGAGUCAUCCAUCUUUGUUCAUGUUGCUAUCAAUGAUGUAACAGGAAAGAUCAAACCCACAAAUGCGGUCCAAGCAGCCAAAAAACACAUCCAAAAAGCAGCCCAGAAGCAUAUGAAGGGUCCUCAAAGGCAACCUUCACUGGACUUCUCUGUCCAGUCCUCAGAAGACGGACGAACACUGCUCUUCCGCAAGGAUCUGGAUACCAUUUCUCAGGACAGCAGGAAUGGAGAAUUAUUUCCUCUGGUACAAGGGUCAGCAGCAGCCAAGGCUGCUAUCCACAAAGGGGCCAUGAGUGAACCAGUGAGGCGAGCUCACAAAGUUAAAAUUCCUGAACCACCAGAGACACGGAGAGGGAUCUUCAGUCGGAUGUCCUCCACUGACUCCCAACACAGGGGGACUGCUCCUUGGGUCAGAGCAGAUAGCUUUGAUCAUGAAACCUCACCCCAGGCUUCUUGUCCUGAUGGUCUUGCUCCUGACAGUCGAAAUCCAAUCCCAGAAGAGUUGGAGAAUGAAACUGAUGGAUCACCAGAGUCAACCUGUGCUGGGCAAGAGAAGGUUCAGACGUCUGAACCACAGCAGCCUGAAGAUUCUGAAGAAUUACCAACAAAACUAGAGCCAGAUAAAGUAAUUGCCAUUGAACCUGAGCAACCAACACAAACUCAAAGUCUGACUUAUUCAGUCCCUCAGCCUCGGCUUCAGCCUGUGCCGCAGAACCUGUUGCAGCAUGAAGCCAAAUCCUCUCCACUUGUCUCUCCACCAUCUCCUCCCAGGGUAAGACGGACCUUAGCGGCUUCCGCCACAACCCACUCGUCCACCCCAAUACAAACAAAGGCCCGCUCACGCAGUUGCCCUCGAAAACCAACUAGCUCUCCCCAGACGCCGAUGGUGAACCGCAAGCCUGCUUUCCACUGGCAGACACAGCAAGCACAAAAAUACAACAGCUACAGCAGCCAGGUGCGGCCUAUCCCCAACGGCCUCUGCCUGUCUGACAGAACAUCCAGCAGCAGUGACGGCAGCACUGACAGCCUGGAGUUUGUGCCCUCCUGCGUGCCAUCCGGAGCAGAGCAACGUGAGGGCACGCUGCAGAGGGAGAUGAAGGCCCUUUUUGACCAGAGGAUGAGAGAGAUCCACUGUAAAUCGCCGCUUUUUCUAAAUGAUUAGACUGAUGACUUCAACGUGUCAACUUGGUCCUUCAGAAGACAAAGAAAAAAAGUUACAACACAACCACAAAAAGGAGUCGUGGGAGAAAGAAGUUCUGACUUUCUAUCUAGAUCAAUAGGAAGACACACAAAAUUACACAAUUAAACAGUUUUUAUUAUUAUAGGCCCGCUGUUAUGUUUACAAACAACACAGUUUUUUUGCAUGAAAUAGUUUUUAAAUGUUUUUGUUGAAAUUAUGUCAUUGCCAACUGUACAAAACAGUGUGAUGGAGUCAAAAAGAAGUAACAGUAAAC